AUGGACACUGAAGACGGCACCGUCAAGCAGCUUGAGGCUUCCCAGGCCCCCGAGGCGCCUAUCCAGGCUGAUGCAGGGCCAUCAACGGGUGUCACAUCAACUCCGGCUCCCGUCUUGUCGAAGAACCAGCAGAAGAAGGCGGCGAAGCGGGCCCGCGCACAAGAGCACAAGCUCGAGAAGCGCGCAGUAGAACGUGUCCGCCGCCGCGAGCGCCAGGCCGACCUCAAGAAGGGCCUGCGCGAGGGCACGCUCACCGAUGCAGAGCGCGAAAUCCUCGACAAGUCGCGCGAGCUCAAACGCGCCCGCCGCGCUGCUACAAAGGGGACAGAGGAGAACGUGUGGCCUGGCGCCAUUGUUAUCGACCUCGGCUUUGACAGCCUCAUGAUGGACGGCGAGAUCACGUCGAUGGUCUCGCAGCUCACGUACGUCUACGCCGCCAACCGCACGGCCAAGCGCCCCGUCUCGACUGUGCUCCACACUUCUUUCUCGCCUGAGACCAGCCCGCGGUUGUGGGACAAGAUGGCGCGGGCACAGUGGCAUCGCUGGAAACGUAUGUUCUUUUGGGCGGGAGGGGUGGAUGCCCUCUCCACCCGGAUGGGGGAGGAACGGGACAAGGAGGUUACGGUGGAAAUGCCUGUCAAGAGCAAGCCCACUCGCGACGUGCCGUCCUCUGAGGAUCUCUCCGACCCACACCUUCCCUUCCCGGCCUCCAGACAGCUCGUGUACCUCUCAGCAGACGCUGAGGAGGAGCUUUCCACCCUCUCCGAGGGCGAAGUGUACAUCAUCGGUGGGAUUGUGGAUAGGAACCGACACAAGAACUUGUGUCAAGGCAAGGCGGAGGGGCUGGGUAUCCGAACCGCGCGCCUGCCGAUCGGGAGCUUCAUCGAGAACCUCCCAACACGCAAGGUGUUGACAGUCAACCAGGUGUACGAGAUCCUGCUGAACUACCUCGCGCUUAAGGACUGGAAGGCGGCAUUCGAGGCUGUCAUCCCACAGCGCAAGUACUUCCAAAGCAAGGACCAGAAGAAGGCGGCUAAUGUGGCCAAGCAUGGAGAAACUGGCGAGGAUGGCGAGGAGGGGAGAGAGGGAGAAGAGCUGGACCAGGUCAUGGAAGAAGCCAUGAAGGAUGAGGAGAUGGACGAGGAGGCGGCCAUGAACGGGUAG